AUGUCCCAGCAAAUUCGCGUGGUACAAUGCAUUCAAUGCAAAAUGUACCAGGUGGACUUCGUGAAAAAGGCAAGCACAUGGCAGUGUAAAAUUUGCCGCCAAAAGCAAAGUUUGCUCAAGGAAUUCUUUCGAGGAUCGGCAGCGGAAUGCCGGGUUAAGGUGCAGCAUCUCAACUUAGAGCGCGGAAUGCAGGAGGAAUGUCUGAACACGGGCUUAUUCCUCACGGCAAAGCAACAGCUCGAAGAGGAGAAAGACUGCCAAGAAAAAGAGGAAAACACCACACCUCAGAAGAAAACAAAUAAAUGGGCAAACUAUGUGGAUAAUACCAUUGAAACUACUCAAAAGCCUGCAGCAAAACCUACGAAAACCGAUGAACUUUCCGACGAAAUCUCUAUGAACUUUAAGAAAACCAGGAACACAGGGCCACGAUCCUCUAAACGUUCCGCUGAAAAUAUGCCAACAGUUACUAAGAAAAUUUGCUCUAAGUGGAACGACUUCUUGUAA